AUGGCCUUCCCUUCCUGCAAAUCGGAAUGCCUCACCGACGGAUUCCCGACGGUGCACGACGACGGAGACGCACAGUUUGACGCGUCCGCCCGGUGCUGGAACGAUGUCGCCCAGACCGCAGCCAUUGAGCAGCUUGUGGCGCUCAAGCAGGGGCUAAGAGCCUUGGACACCGAGCUGUUCUGGAAACGGCUCAUGGAGGAUAUCACCUCCAUCACCAAGGCGCAAUACGGCUUUGUGGCUCGCCGGGUACAUGGCGGCGAGCCCAUGCCGGAACUGGGCGGACGCCGGCCGUCCCUCUUCGGGGCGGUCUUUUACUACAAUGACGGGUUUCAGAAUGUCGGGCUACAACGAAAUCGGUAUUUCGCCGGCGGAAACCCACUGCUACAUAUGGAUCAUGAACGACCAUGUCUGAUCCCGGAAAACCUCAAAUCCCUCGUCUCAUUCGGUGACGACCAACUGCCCUUCCCCGCCGACGCAUACCUCGCGAUUCCUCUCUUUUCGGCCGGCAAAUGCCUGGCGCAUCUCGGGUUGAUGUGGUCCAAGGAUGGUGUACGUAGUCGAAGCUUGUCUUGGUCAUUCCUCGAAAUGAUUCUACACUCCCUGGACGAUCUGAUCGUGCAACGACUCUUGCUGGACGAAGUUUUUCCAGAUCACGAGACCACCCAAUUCCCGACUCUCGACUCUCCCACCCUUCUGGACGCCGGCCACGACCACAUUCGAGAUUCCUCUCAUUUCACUGCCCACCCCCUCAAGCCGUUCGCCAAAAGCCUCUCCCAUGAGCUGCGAACUCCAAUGCAAGGUGUGGUCGGCAUGCUGGAUGUCCUGCAUGCCACCGUGCGGGAGGCCAUGGAAAGUAAGACCCCGGUCAAAUCGGGCGGCAUUUUCCAGGCUCUCAAAGAGGGUAUCGAGAUGGUUCAAGACAGCGCUCGGCGCGCUGUGGAAGCGGCCGACAACGUCGUCCAUGCGUAUGAUCUCAAUAUGCAAGUUCCCAAAACACCCCAGCGGGAGCAGCAAAACGGACUUCUCGACCCAGACUUUGCCACCGAUUCUACCGAGAGCCGUCCCAGCGUCUUUAUAGAAGGAAGCAACAUCGCCGUAAAUCCAUAUAAACGACGACGCAGCCUUCCUCUGGACAUGAACUCGCGCCCGGCCCGAAAGCAGAGACUCCGAGCAGCAUCCUCGCGACAAGAGCUUUCUCCGCGCAGUGAGGAAGUCAAAAACGCCGUCCAUGAAAGUGAUCAGAUCGUCCACGCUACUCCAGCUCGCCAGAUUGAAGCAGUCAUGGCCAACAUGGUGGAUCCCCGUCCUUCGAUCGCAGUUCGACGAUCGGCACCUCAUCUACUCCUCGAGGGGAUCACCUUGAACAUGCGGGGCCCAGCCCUUCGAUCCACGAAACUGCGAGACCUGCUUCGUCUGGUGAUCAACGAGUCCCUGCAUGUGGGUGGUCGACCGGAUUCAGCAACCAGCCAGGCAACUGCGUUUGGCGAAACAAUUGAAAUUCGAUCCCGGUCCUCAAACGGUGAGGUCUUUACCAAAAUUGUGGACUGGUCCGUUGACCCCGCAUUGCCCGACACUCUUCUUGCAGACGACCGAGAUCUGGCCAAGCUGAUCUCCUGCGUCUUUUUGAACGCUAUCAAAUUUACGAAUAAUGGCACUAUCACCGUGUGUGCUACGGUCGACUCUCGAACCAGUGACGUCCUGAUUCUCGUUCGGGAUACGGGCCCUGGCAUUCCUGAGGCAUUUUUGCCCAACCUGUUCAAGGCCUUUGCCCGUGAAGAUGCAUCUACCACCCGCAGCAAGGACGGUCUCGGCCUCGGUCUGCUGGUGGCCAAGGGCCUUUCACGAAAGAUGGGCGGUGAUCUGGUUUGCGUGCGCUCUUCGACCACGGGGCCCGAUCAUGGUUCUGAGUUCCAGAUUCGGAUACCUGUGAACCAACGUGAAGCAUAUACCUGGCCCGGAACCCCUAGCGAUAGAAAUAUGACGCCUCCGAUUAUCACUGAUCCCUCCCGACACGGAAGUGCAAGCACUUUCAUCUGGGAACCUACCUCAUUUUCUUCACCCACGGUUACUCAGAAUCAACCAAUACAGCAACCCACCCCGAGCACCGGUGAUGAAAGCACGUCUCAGAGCUCGACUCCGCCGCGGACACUUACCCAGACCCGGUUCAAGCAGCCUUUGGGACACACGCAUGAUAAAAAGCUCGGCGAGAAAUACCCUCUCCGAUUUCUCGUCGCUGAAGAUAAUCGGAUCAACCGCCGUGUGCUGGUGCACAUGCUACGCAAGUUGGGCUAUCGGGAUGUCCUCGAGGCGGCCGAUGGCAAAGAAGCCGUGCAAAUCGUGCAAGACAUCUUAUCUGCCUCGUCAUCUACUGAUAACUCUCCAACGGGUGAAGCCGGCUCAUCAACACAACCAUCUACACCGGAGAUGAAGCCCAUUGACAUCGUCUUGAUGGACCUGUGGAUGCCGGAAAUGGAUGGUUACGAGGCAACCUCUCGCAUUCUCCAGAUGGUGGAUGACCACCAGAGUCAGUGCUCCAGUGCUGACGAUGACCCUCGCCGGAUGAGCAUCACAACGAACUCCGACGUUGACAUGGAUUCUGCCAUCAGUCCGAUUUCGGCGCAUCGUCCUCCUACCGUGCUGGCCGUCAGUGCGGAUGUUACUGACGAAGCGUUGAACCGUGCCUCUAAAGUAGGCAUCAAGGGUUAUAUGACGAAGCCUUAUAAACUGUCUGACUUGGAACGGUUAAUUCUGGGCUUCUGCGGUCCUAUGGAGACAGUUGUGGCGGCUGCAUGA